CUUUGCUUUGCAAGUUAAAUAACACAAUGUCCAGGUCAUUGCAACCAAACCCUACAUGUGGUGCUGCUUCCUGUUUACUGUGUAAAAUAGAAAAUAUGCCCCGGGGGUCAGGCAUGUGAGACAGACCAGGACAGAGGAAGCAGUGUUCAUAGCAAUAGACAGAACAUAGAGCCCUGAGAAAAUGUGUUAUUCUCUCACUGGGAGACGUUUGCCAUCUGACCAUUUUCCUUGAUCUUCAGCUCUGCUAAUUCUCCAGCACAUUAAGCUGCAGCUGCACAGGCACAAGCAGAGGAGCGGCGCAGCGUAGCAGGAAAUAGUCCAAAACCAACAACCAACACAUCAGCUAAACCUCAGGGGAGUAGGCCAGUCAUAGACGGCGCCACACUUAGAAUAGACGACAAACUGCGAGUGGCAAAAGAGAGACGAGAGGAGGCAGAGAGACAACAGGCUUUGCGAGAUUCUCAGAUCAUGGAGCGGGAGCGCAAGGCCAAGAUCCAGGUGGAGCGUCAGAUGGAGGAGCGACAGAAAAAGAUUGAUGAACAGCGAAGGAAGGAGGAGCAGAAACGACACGCUGUGGAGGAGAAGAGGAAGCAGAAACAGGAAGAGGAAAAGGAGCGCUAUGAGGCAGUGAUGCGGCGGACGAUGGAGCGCAACGAGCGGCUGGAACACAGACAGAAACGAUGGUCAUGGGGAGGAUUGUCCACAGACUCGGAUGGUCGAACAGGAGAUUCAGAUGCCAGUGCCUCAUCUCCAGUUACUAUAGUUAUCUCCCCUGCCUCGCCAGAAAAGCCACCACGGAGUCGACAAGUGGACAAGCGCUCCACAUCCACCAUGAACUUGAAACAGUCGUCUGAGACUGGCAUCAGCAAACGCCUCUCCUCUUCCUCUGCUACCCUCAUCAAAUCUCCUGACAAAAGUGUUAAGCCAAGGAGUUCGUCUUGUAACCGGUUGCCUAGCAAUGGCAAUGUUGCUGCUCAGGCCAGUAAGGAGGAUGGCAAAAAGCUUCAGGUGGAUCAGACAGGCCAUUCCGUGAAGAAGAGAAGUUCCUCCCUUACUCGAGUAAGUGUGGGCAGAGCACAGACCCCUGCCAAGCCUGAUAAGGGGACAACGGAUGAUCAAGCUCACAGGCCACCGGCCAGCACUGUGGACGGAGGGCUCCUUAGUCGUCUGCUCACCCCCACCCAGGCCUCACUAGCUAGAAGCAAGAGUGCCGCCGUCCUGUCCACUGAAGGAACAGAUUCUCCAGAGUUUCACAUGUGUCCUCGCUCAGCCUCUGCCACUCCCCUGCAUCCGCCACGUGGACCUGUGCGCAGCCGUAGCAUUGACCGACAAAAGAGCGGCAUGACAACCUCCGUUUCAGCUGAUGGAGCCCUCGACCCGUCACUGAAAGACAAGCAGUCGGCAUCACCUAGUGGCAAACGUCCCGCCUCCCCGUCCACUAACCUCGGACGCAACCGCUCACCAUCCCCAGCCCCCAAUCCAGUUCCAAAGCGGACCCCUUCCCCAGCAGCAGCCAAGCAGAGUCCCAGGACACGCCCACCCUCACCUGGUGCAAUGAAGCAACGUCCCCCAUCCCCCCAACCGUCAACGACCAAACCCCCACCAAUCCAGAAACCAGCUCUGACUCCAACUGGGCCCCCUACUUUACGAAAGAGAGACUCCAAGUCUAAGGAUAUGUUUCCUGUCCAGGCUGUGGCUCCACAGUCCUCUGAAUCUAGCAAGUCCAAAGACAAAGAUGACUCAAAAGCCUCAACAGGAACCAACUCGGCUGCUGAGGCUGCCAAGAUCCUGGCGGAGAAUCGAAGGCUGAUGCGAGAGCAAAAAGAGAAAGAAGAGCAGCUCAGGCUACAGAGGGAAGAAGAGGAGAGGCUGAGAAAGGAAGAGGAAGCUCGCUUAGCAGAGGAGGCUCGACUGAAACGUGUGGAGGAGGAGAAGAAGCUUGCGGAGGAGAGAAAAGUCAGAGAAGAAGAAGAGGCUCUUCUGGCAGAGGAGGAGCGAGUUAGACUGGCAGAAGAGGAGGCACUGAAACAGGCCGAACUUCAGAGGGAACGUGAGGAGGCUGAGGCCAAGGCUCAGGAGGAGGCAGAGCGAGUCCGUCAGGAGAGGGAACGCAUUAUGCAACAGAACCAGCAAGAGCGAAUGGAGAGGAAGAGGAGAAUUGAAGAAAUAAUGAAGAGAACCAGAAAAGGGGAUGCUGGUGACUUGAAGAGAGAUGAUGAUGAUGACGAUGACGAUGAUGAUGAUGAUGAUGAUGAUGACGACAACAAAUGCUUCCAGGAAAAUGGAGAUGAUCCAGUGGACCUGAACUGUGAAACCAGUGAGAUCGAUGACACGGAGGCCGACAAAGUUGAGUGUGGUCUGUCCGGAGGCGAGCCUCUGCGCAAUAUCAACGGAAUACCAGAGACUGAAGAUAAGGAAAAUAACAAUGGCAUAAGUACUGAUGAACCUCAGGCUAUAAGUCCAGUCCCCAAAGGCCGCCUUGUUGAGGGCUCAGAGUUCCUGAAUGAGCAGGACUCUGCUAAAGUGGGGUUGGUCUCGGGUCUGAACGGCAAAUCCAACCAGUGGAGCUAUGAGGAAUUCAUUGACCUCAACGUCCACACUAAGACGAGGCCGCUCAUUGAGUCAGAAGACUGUAACCAGGUCUUGAUCAACUGUGACGGGAGCUCAGACUCCACCAGAGUAGCCUUUGAGGACAAGGGAACCCCUGUCAACACCCUGCAUUCCUCUAAUCAACCCAUAGAAGCCCUUUCAGAGAUUUGAUGCCGCAGCUGUCGCUGAGAAGCCUCUCACUGUUGCACUCCUAAACUUCCUAUCUGGCUGAGUUGUUUUUUUGUUUUUGUUUUUUUAAAAAAAAAGUCAUCUACCAGCUUCCUUCUCUUUGUCACCCUCCUCUUCCAGUGGGAGGCGCACUAGGUGAAGCGGAAAGGGCACCCCGAGUGCUGCGUUUGCACCCUACAUCAUGAGGAAACAUAUAUAUUGAAAUUAUAUGUUCAAAAAACAUGAUUCUUCAGGGAAAUUCCAUAUAUUCCUUAAACAUGAUUGCGUCAGGUCUCUGUCCUCUUCCACUUGUCUUUAGUUCUUUUCCAGAUGUUUUUCUUCUCUCUCUAUGUUGUGUCCAAUGUUGAUGUUUUUUAAGAGCUUUGUGUUUGUCAGGGGUGCGCUGUUGUAAUUUAUUAAUUUUGGCUUUUUUCUUGUUAUUGUAAUUAUUAUCUGUGAAAGUUUUUUUUUUCCUUUUUCUCCUCUCGUCUGAGAAUAUUCCACGACCCAUGUUCAUUAUACCGUGUGAACUGAAUAUGAGAUAAAUAUUGUGAGUAAUGGAAGGAACAUUAGUACAUUCUGUGCUGUUGUGGGUGAGGGCAUCCCAACAUUUGCAUGUGAUUCACCUAAAAUUUACUUGACCGGCUGUUGUUCGCAGCAUCUAGCAAUAUGGCCUUAACAUUUUUUUUUCUCCCAACUUGCUCAUUCAAAGUGUGAAUAACCUAAAUAGUUUUGUGCUAAAGCUCAUACACGCACAGUGAAGCAGUCUCCCAGGAAGAGCUUUAAGUUGGAAGUGGAUUUUAUUUUCACGCUGCACGUGACACUUCUCAGAUCUCUGUCUUUUCACCCUUAUUUUCUUUCAUGCCUUUCACUCUCAUCUUUAAAUCUUUAUCAUUUCCCUCCCUGUGCUUCAUGUGAUGGCCUGUAGAGGCACUCGGGUUCAUAGCUGGUAAUUAGAAACAGUUACAAGUGUUGAAUUUAAAAGCAGUUCCUUAAAGUUUCAGCUGUCGGUUGAGUGAGGAUCUCGUGGUUGAUUUAGGUUUUAAUAUAUGUUUACUAACGUCGUUAUAAUUUACAGCAGACUCUUUGAGUGUUCACAUCCAUCCUUCUGUCUGUGUGGCUUCAUCAUUCAUUUCUCUCCCAUUAACCUCCGUGUAAGAUUCCUACCACACUAGCUGCUGCUGCAUCUGACAAAAAAAUACAUUUCAAUUAUUUUUUAUAUGGAAUUUGGCGGUUUGUUUAUAUAUAAAAAAAUAAAUUUCUACAUAUAUUUAAGUGUUAUUGUAUUGUGUGUGUAUAUAUAUAUAUAUCAGUAUUAGGCAAACGAAGCCAUGUUUUCAGUGGGUCAGGAUGUUGAUAAUUGAAGUCUCGUCGUUUGUCCGCUCCAAGUUGAAGUUUCUGUUUUUUUGACACGAGCCCAGUGAGGGUAGUCAGGUUAGUCAGGUCAGGCAGCCCACUUCCACAGUAGCUCUGCAAAACAAGGGACCAAGUGGGGACCCACUCUUAUGCUUCUCAUAAUGCGUGUGAUUCUGUGUGUGUGUAUAGUUUCGAGUCUGGUGUCGCGUCACAAAAGGACUACACGCGUCGUUUACAUUGUGAUGAUAAGCCGGAACGUCUCUCUGUGAAAUUUCUGGGUCGUGUCUGUGUCUCGCAGUGAGUCUAAUGUCAAAGGAAGUGGGCAUGUCUGCUUAGUUUGGAAUCAUUUUUCCUUUGUAGCACAAGACAAGGCACAUCCACUGAACAUGGCGUGACACGAGGCAGACGUUUAUGUUGCUUUCUUCAAUGAACUCUGUUGAAAUCUUAAAGUUCCCCGUGGGUUAAAUGGAUUUUAAUUUUUCGUUUUGCCUUGUUCUCUGCUGACUAAAGUCUCUCUGUACAUAAAUCGUAGGAGUUUUUAGUGCUUAGCUUUGUAAUUAAUGAGCUCAAAGAAUGUAACAGACUCCGUAAAACCAUCCACUGUGUCCCUCAAAGAUGCCCCGCGUUUUAGCUUCUACACAUUAUUCUUUCUGGAAGACUCUUUGCAUUGUUUAGAAAAUACUUGCGAUGUUUUAAGAAUUGUUACUGAUUUGUAGCUUUACUGCACAGACCUCGAGGAGGAAACAUCGCUUGUCUCGGAUGUUUUUAAAAACGUUCACUCAUAACCCAAAAACUUGCCUGAAGCCAAACUCUGUAUCAAAGCUUUCCCACUCAUCUUUCCACUUACGAGUAGCACCUGUUGGGGGGGCUGUUGUAGCUGCUGCUUGAACAUAUACUGUAUCUUAUCCAGGUCCUGCUGCAUGUUUGAGGACUGGAGCACAGAGCUGACUGUCUUCUGUCCUCAACAUCAUCUUUAACUAUAGGAUAGGAAGGUGCCUUAGAUUGAGAUUUAGACCUUUUAUAAUAUCACAGGUAAAAAAAAAAAAGAAAAGUUUGUCUUUACCUCAGCCUCGACAAUCAGUCCACCCAACCAGGGCAACUGUGUGAAUAUAAAUAUUUCACUGAUAUAUUUACAAAGCUUAACAAUGCCCUGUCCAUAAAUGAAAUUUGUAUUGUAAAUAUAACUAAAGUGUACUGAAUUGUUACAAAACUGUUACACCAAUAAAGUCUUGGCAAAAAUA